AUGGUUCAUAGAGGCAACACCCUGGGGACUGGCUACUGCAGAGAGGCAACACCCUGGGGACUGGCUACUGCAGAGAGGCAACACCCUGGGGACUGGCUACUGCAGAGACAACCAAGCAACACCCUGGGGACUGGCUACUGCAGAGACAACCAAGCAACACCCUGGGGACUGGCUACUGCAGAGAGGCAACACCCUGGGGACUGGCUACUGCAGAGAGGCAACACCCUGGGGACUGGCUACUGCAGAGAGGCAACACCCUGGGGACUGGCUACUGCAGAGAGGCAACACCCUGGGGACUGGCUACUGCAGAGACAACCAAGCAACACCCUGGGGACUGGCUACUGCAGAGACAACCAAGCAACACCCUGGGGACUGGCUACUGCAGAGAGGCAACACCCUGGGGACUGGCUACUGCAGAGACAACCAAGCAACACCCUGGGGACUGGCUACUGCAGAGACAACCAAGCAACACCCUGGGGACUGGCUACUGUAGAGACAACCAAGCAACACCCUGAGGACUGGCUACUGCAGAGAGACAACCAAGCAACACCCUGGGGACUGGCUACUGCAGAGAGACAACCAAGCAACACCCUGGGGACUGGCUACUGCAGAGAGACAACCAAGCAACACCCUGGGGACUGGCUACUGCAGAGAGACAACCAAGCAACACCCUGGGGACUGGCUACUGCAGAGAGACAACCAAGCAACACCCUGAGGACUGGCUACUGCAGAGACAUCCAAAGAGACAACACCCUGGGGACUGGCUACUGUAGAGAGACAACACCCUGGGGACUGGCUACUGUAGAGACAACCAAGCAACACCCUGGGGACUGGCUACUGCAGAGACAACCAAGCAACACCCUGGGGACUGGCUACUGCAGAGACAACCAAGCAACACCCUGGGGACUGGCUACUGUAGAGACAACCAAGCAACACCCUGAGGACUGGCUACUGCAGAGAGACAACCAAGCAACACCCUGGGGACUGGCUACUGCAGAGAGACAACCAAGCAACACCCUGGGGACUGGCUACUGCAGAGAGACAACCAAGCAACACCCUGGGGACUGGCUACUGCAGAGACAACCAAGCAACACCCUGGGGACUGGCUACUGCAGAGACAACCAAGCAACACCCUGGGGACUGGCUACUGUAGAGACAACCAAGCAACACCCUGAGGACUGGCUACUGCAGAGAGACAACCAAGCAACACCCUGGGGACUGGCUACUGCAGAGAGACAACCAAGCAACACCCUGGGGACUGGCUACUGCAGAGAGACAACCAAGCAACACCCUGGGGACUGGCUACUGCAGAGAGACAACCAAGCAACACCCUGGGGACUGGCUACUGCAGAGAGACAACCAAGCAACACCCUGGGGACUGGCUACUGCAGAGAGACAACCAAGCAACACCCUGGGGACUGGCUACUGCAGAGAGGCAACACCCUGGGGACUGGCUACUGUAGAGAGACAACACCCUGGGGACUGGCUACUGUAGAGACAACCAAGCAACACCCUGGGGACUGGCUACUGCAGAGACAACCAAGCAACACCCUGGGGACUGGCUACUGCAGAGACAACCAAGCAACACCCUGGGGACUGGCUACUGCAGGGAGACAACCAAGCAACACCCUGGGGACUGGCUACUGCAGUGACAACCAAGCAACACCCUGAGGACUGGCUACUGCAGGGAGGCAACACCCUGGGGACUGGCUACUGUAGUGACAACCAAGCAACACCCUGGGGACUGGCUACUGUAGUGACAACCAAGCAACACCCUGGGGACUGGCUACUGCAGGGAGGCAACACCCUGGGGACUGGCUACUGUAGUGACAACCAAGCAACACCCUGGGGACUGGCUACUGUAGUGACAACCAAGCAACACCCUGGGGACUGGCUACUGCAGAGACAACCAAGCAACAUCCUGGGGACUGGCUACUGCAGAGACAACCAAGCAACAUCCUGGGGACUGGCUACUGCAGAGACAACCAAGCAACACCCUGGGGACUGGCUACUGUAGAGACAACCAAGCAACACCCUGGGGACUGGCUACUGUAGAGACAACCAAGCAACACCCUGGGGACUGGCUACUGUAGAGAGACAACACCCUGGGGACUGGCUACUGUAGAGAGACAACACCCUGGGGACUGGCUACUGUAGAGACAACCAAGCAACACCCUGGGGACUGGCUACUGCAGAGACAACCAAGCAACACCCUGGGGACUGGCUACUGCAGAGACAACCAAGCAACACCCUGGGGACUGGCUACUGCAGAGACAACCAAGCAACACCCUGGGGACUGGCUACUGUAGUGACAACCAAGCAACACCCUGAGGACUGGCUACUGCAGAGAGGCAACACCCUGGGGACUGGCUACUGCAGAGAGGCAACACCCUGGGGACUGGCUACUGUAGAGAGGCAACACCCUGGGGACUGGCUACUGUAGGGAGGCAACACCCUGGGGACUGGCUACUGUAGUGACAACCAAGCAACACCCUGGGGACUGGCUACUGUAGUGACAACCAAGCAACACCCUGAGGACUGGCUACUGCAGGGAGGCAACACCCUGGGGACUGGCUACUGUAGUGACAACCAAGCAACACCCUGAGGACUGGCUACUGCAGGGAGGCAACACCCUGGGGACUGGCUACUGCAGAGACAACCAAGCAACUUUUUGACAGACUGUUCUGAUGAAUGGUGACACCUGUCAUCCUGGAGAUAUUUUGAGGACAUUCUGUUUGUGUAAAGAUUCAUGUGUCUAUGGUUUAUUGUCAUUAUUUUCACAACAUGCUUUCUUAAUAAAUACAAUGCUUUUAUCACAUGA